AAGAGACAUCCUCCCCCGCCUUGCUCGCCCCUGCUGCUCUCUAUCAUCUGCGGCGGCGACUGCGGUGACACCCAAGGCACGCCCACCUCCUCUUCUUCUUCAAGCGGCGGCGCUACCGCCUGCCCCUCCCGUUGUCUCCUCUCCUCCUCCUUCUCCGUGUCCUCUCUUCUGGCCCUAGAUUUAGUCUCUGGGUUAGGGUUUCGAAGGGUCUGUGGGUUCCACCAGAUUGUUCCGCUCGCGAUUUCCCGUCCUCGAUUGCUGGCUUUCUGCGGACCGUCUGCUUUGUUCCUUCUUGCAAGGGAAGGUUUCCGGAGAUGGCUGAGGAUGAGUCGCCGCAAACUUUCAAAACUCUUGGAGUGAGAGAAGAAUUGGUGGAAGCAUGCGAAAGCUUGGGGUGGAAAGCCCCCACGAAGAUCCAAAUCGACUCUAUUCCGUAUGCCCUUGAAGGGAAAGACAUUAUCGGUCUGGCUCAAACGGGGUCGGGUAAGACAGGAGCUUUUGCAAUCCCGAUUAUUCAAGCUUUGUUGGAGACUCCACAACCCUUUUUUGCUUGCGUGCUUUCUCCUACUAGAGAGUUGGCAAUUCAGAUUGCUGAGCAGUUCGAAGCAUUAGGGUCUGGCAUUGGCGUAAAAUGUACAGUGCUUGUUGGAGGGGUUGACAUGACACAGCAAGCAAUUUCUCUUGGAAAGCGUCCCCAUAUCGUGGUCGCAACCCCUGGGCGUCUCUUGGAUCAUUUAACUAACACAAAAGGUUUUAGUCUCCGCACAAUAAAGUAUUUGGUCCUAGAUGAGGCUGAUAGAUUGCUCAACUUGGAGUUUGAGAAAGCAAUUGAUGAUAUUUUGAAGGUUAUUCCUGCUGAGAGAAAGACGUACCUGUUUUCAGCCACUAUGACAAAAAAGGUGAGCAAACUUCAACGGGCUUGUCUUAGGAAUCCUGUGAAGAUUGAGGCUGCUUCUAAAUACUCCACAGUUGAUACACUGAAGCAACAGUUUCGCUUAGUUCCAGCAAAGUAUAAGGAUUGUUAUCUGGUUUACAUUUUGACUGAGAUGUCUGGAAGCAUGUCAAUGGUAUUCACCCGAACAUGCGAGUCGACACGACUUCUCUCUCUAGUUCUCCGGAACAUUGGUAUGAAUGCCAUCCCUAUCAGUGGUCAAAUGAGCCAGGCUAAGAGGUUGGGGGCUUUAAACAGAUUUAAAUCAGGAAACUGCAACAUCCUUAUAUGCACUGAUGUUGCAAGCAGGGGACUUGACAUCCCUUCAGUUGAUGUAGUUAUAAAUUAUGACAUACCUACAAAUUCUAAGGAUUAUGUCCAUCGUGUGGGCAGAACCGCACGUGCUGGGCGAUCUGGGUUGGCGAUAUCUUUGGUGAAUCAGUAUGAGGUUGAGUGGUACCUACAGAUAGAGCAGCUCAUUGGCAAAAAACUACCAGAAUACCCAGCAAAUGAAACUGAAGUCCUUAUAUAUUUGGAACGUGUAUCGGAUGCCAAGAGGAUUGCUCUCAUGAAAAUUAAGGACAGCAAUGGCAAUAAGAAGAGGAAAAAGGUAGAAGAAGAUGGUGAUGAAGCAGAGGAAUAUGUUGGGAUUUCCAAGAAGGUAAAAGCAUCAAAGAGAUCUAAGAGAUGGUAGCCGCGACUUUGUCAUGCUGGUGAUCGUGGCUGUUGAGAUUUCUUUUGUUUUUUUCCCAAAAGCAAAACAGCUAUAUUACUGAAUCAAUCUAGGAAGAGGCCAUCAUGCUCCUCGUAGCACAAAAAAUGAGCCAACUCCGGUGGUUGUAUUGCCCUCCACGAAUAAGAGGAUUGGGGACAGAGCAAAAAUGUGUUGGCCAGUUAGUAUUAUUGUUCUCUUCUCUAAAUACAUUUAUAAAGAACCUAGACCAAAUGUCUUAAACAGUUGAGCAAAAGUCAUGUAAAAGACUCUUUUCUAUUAAGGAAUUUGAUAAUCGAUUCAGUAUCAGAUUCAAUUAC